UCAUGUUUUUACUCCUGCAUCAGAAGACACAAGUCCUAACUCUUACCUUCCCAUCUGGAAAUAUUGAUUGUAAUUUUCGAAUGAGAAAACUGAGUUAUAGAGAAAUUAAAGGUAGUGCCAUAGGAAGUGAUGAUAUCAUAGCAGGGAAUGUGAGCAAGUACACUGUUCUCCCAGCUGGUUAUUGUGGACAACCUAAGAAAGGACAUCUUAUAUUUGAUGCCUGUUUUGAAAGUGGUAACCUUGGACGGGUGGACCACAUCACAGAGUUUGAGUAUGACCUGUUCAUUAGACCAGAUACCUGUAACCCACGCUUUCGAGUUUGGUUCAACUUCACUGUUGAAAAUGUAAAAGAAUCACAGAGAGUAAUAUUCAACGUUGUCAACUUCAGUAAAACAAAAAGCCUCUAUAGAGAUGGGAUGGCUCCAAUGGUGAAAUCCACAAGCAGACCGAAAUGGCAAAGAAUACCCUCUAAAAACGUGUAUUACUAUCGCUGCCCAGACCACAGGAAGAACUAUGUCAUGUCAUUUGCUUUUUGCUUUGACCGAGAGGAUGACACUUAUCAAUUUGCUUACUGCUACCCCUACACCUAUACUCGCCUUCAGCACUAUCUUGACAACUUACAAAGGAGGAACAUGGACUACUUUUGCAGAGAAUUGCUAGGACUCAGUGUGCAGAAACGGCAGCUUGACCUCCUGACAAUAACCAGCCCUGCGAACCUGCGUCCAGGGGCUGAACAGAAAGUGGUGUUCAUCACUGCACGGGUCCACCCUGGGGAAACACCGUCUUCCUUCGUGUGCCAAGGUAUAAUUGAUUUCCUUGUGAGCCAGCAUCCUAUUGCAAAAGUACUAAGAGACCACCUGGUCUUCAAGAUUGCACCCAUGCUCAAUCCUGAUGGAGUAUACCUAGGAAAUUACAGGUGCUCCCUGAUGGGCUUUGAUUUAAAUCGGCACUGGGCAAAUCCGUCUCCCUGGGCUCAUCCCACACUGCACGGAGUGAAACAGCUUAUCAUUGAGAUGUACAACAAUCCGAAGAUUAACUUGGAGUUCUAUAUUGACAUCCAUGCCCACUCCACCAUGAUGAAUGGCUUCAUGUAUGGGAACAUCUUUGAAGACGAGGAAAGAUUUCAGCGACAGGCUGUUUUUCCCAAGCUACUCUGUCAGAAUGCUGAAGACUUCUCUUAUUCCAGUACAUCGUUCAACAGAGAUGCUGUGAAAGCAGGGACAGGCCGGCGUUUUCUUGGUGGGCUGUUAAAUGAUACAUCCUACUGCUACACUCUGGAAGUCUCAUUCUACAGCUAUGUAUUGGGUGGACCUACUUCUCCUGUGCCCUACACAGAAGAAGCAUAUAUGAAGCUUGGAAGAAAUGUGGCCAGGACAUUCUUGGAUUACUACAGGCUGAACUCCUUGGUGGAGAGACCACUAGCACCUACUCCUAAAAUUCGGAAGGAAAAACUGCCUCUUUUUAAAUGUACUCCCCAGCGGGGCCAAGGGAACAGCCAUGCUGGCGGCAAGCCAGAGAAGAGGAGCCAGGCACGUCUGAAGGACCAGUCUCUCGCCACGCGAUGAGAGGAGAGGAGAGGAGGGCUGGUCUGUGGGGUGAGGUGGAGGAGCGUGUCGGGGUCUGGAACUGAUGAUGUUUCUCUUUUUUUUCCCAGAAAAGUAUUUCUAAGAUAACAAAUCGUCCAAGGGGGAAAGAAGGAGAGGGAAAUUAGCUAGAAAUUUUACUAUUGAUUCUUUUUUAUUUAUAGAUGGUAAAUCAAUUCCAGGGUGCUUUUUUCUUUUUUUUUUUUUUUUCUUCAUCUCUGGGAAAAAAAAAAAGAGUGACCCGAUAGAUUUACAGAAAUCAUUUGCGGUGGCUGAAAAGCUAUUUGUUAAAAUGAGAAAGCUUCCCCUUCCUCCACCAGUCUCACUCUCUUUCUUUAAAGGGGUAAUCCAUACAAUGAGCUAACGAGGGAGUCCUGGCUCCCCUGCUGCACCAUGUGAUGUCUCCCCUUUUAGUGUCAGGCUCAGAAGUUCUUAUGCCAAUUGCAUGUGCUAGCCCUGUUAGCUUGCAUUAAGAAAGCCUGAUAAAUAGCUUCUGGGAGUCAGGCAGGCGCUCCUCAGUGUGCCGUUUAUCAUCUGCUGCAUGGUUAGGUUUUUUGCUCUUCUGUCAGAUCAUUUGAGGAAAGGAGUCAUAUGAGAAAUGUUACUGUCAGGCUGCAGGCAUGAAACUCACUGCAAGACCUGUCUAACAGGCAGGAGCCUUGGUCCCCCAGCAAAAACUAGGUGGGGUCUAGAAAGACUGGACUUCCCAACAGAUGUACGGCUGAAGCAGUGUGAGCCUGGGGUAGUGCUGAAAGGGAUGAACAGUGUCAUGCCACUACUGUAAGAAAUACCAAGUAAAACCUCACCACCUUCCCAUUACAUGGACAGCAUGUGAACUCCCUGCUGGAAGCCACUGUCACUAGGCAGGCUUGUCUCCUGUGCUGUGUGACUAACUGAAACAUCUGCCAGUGAUGUGGAUUUGAAGUGUGAGGCCAGUGGUUCUCAAACUGGAGAGUAAAAGUGAAUAAAACCCUGAGGGGUAUCCAAGCAUCUCUCAGGGGAUGGAAGGGGAGAGUGCCUCUUGCCAACCCAUCAGAAGCCUUGGGAAGCAGCUUCUCUCCACUGUCUUCUGCUAGAAGUUGGGCUGCAAUGGUGACUUGGAGGGAAGAGGGUGCCAAGACCCAGUGGAUAGAGAGGGAAAGGAUGAACCAGGCUGAGGGUGAAGAAACAUGUGAAACAAGUCUGAAUGAGCUCCUCUUGGUGUGGGGUGGUCCUAAAGAAUUAGUAGCCCCACACACUCCAUUCUCUAAUAAAAGAGCUGUGUUGGUUGCUCCUCAAUUCUUUCCCAGGACUUCAGUGCGAUGAUCUAAGAAUAGAGUCAGGCUCAGCUGGGUACUUGUGCUGGCCUGUGUGUAAGAAGAAUGCAUCCUGGGGAUAAAUAGGAAGGUAUGAGAAGAACUGAGAAUUAUAGGCUAAGACAGACCUUCUAGGUAAUUUAAAUUUACUGUUCCUUGUGAAAGUACUCCUUGAUUCUUCAGCAAUGGAGACCUGGUGGCAAGGCC